AUGUCCAGCAGCAGUGGUAAUGGGGCCACAGGCCGACGCAGCGGGGCUGCGAAUCAGCAGAGGGGAGGAGGCGACCAUGGGUCCGAGCUGUCCUCGAGCGCCAGUAAGAAGAAGCAGAAGGACAAAGCUAACCAAGAAUCCAGAGAGGCCAAAAGAGUUGCUGCUGCUGCAGGGGUGGAUGGAGUCCUUGCAGAGGUCAAAAAAGAUGUGUUUGUGGAUUGGAAACAAAAUGCCAAUGAAGUGAUCAUCAAGUUGCGAUGUGGAGAAAGUGUUCAGAAGAUUGAAGAUGUCAACACAACCUUCACCGAUACACACUGUUAUGUGCACUUUUCAGAUGGUCGUGAGUGGUCCUGCCAAUUACAGGAGGAAAUAGAGGCUUCUUGUAGUAGAGUACAGUACAAAGAAAAGGGUGGGUUUCUUCUGCUAAUCCUGCACAAGAAGAUUCCAAUUCACAUUUGGCCUUCACUGAAAUCCAACAAGAAAGAGAAAGAGGUGGGACCCACAGAGACAAAAAAUGUCAAGGUUCCAGAACCAAGGUCUGUAGCCUCAGAGUCGUCGGACCAUCUGAAGUUGUCCUCCCUGCUGGCACAGCAUCAAUCUCAGGGUCCUCCCUCCCCCUCAUGCACUGCAUUGAGAUGCAGUGGAAACAAAACUGAGCGUGGUGUCAAACGCCAUUUAAAAAACAAACAACCAUCCGACAAGAACUCAACAGACUGUGUGGUGAACACAUUCGGAGGUCGGGAUGCAGCAGCCGCUUCUUUUAUGCCAGUUCCCACUAAGAACAGCAACUUGCAUCCCCAAGAACCCAGUGCAAAGCGUACCAUUGCCAAUCUUUCCCGGAACACCAAGGACGUAAAGUCUCCUACUUUAGGUCACAUGGACUCAGACCAGAUCGGAACGUCGCAUGUACGCGUGCCUGCUGCAGAGCCCUGUCAAACACUGCACAGAAAUGGAGACAGGAAUACAGAACAAUUAGUUAGUGAACAUGGGAGCACUGUUUCCAACAUGAUUCAGGAGGCAGGUGAGCAAUAUAACACCUCAGACACAAAGGAUAAAUGCUCUGAAACUGGUGAUAGUGAAAACAUACCACGGAUUCCUGUGAGCAUAAGUGGCUCCCUGAAAACUUUGGACUUAAAAAAACAUGUUGACUCCUUCUCUAUAGACAGGAGUAGAGACAAAACUAAAACUGAGACAGAGAAAAAGGCUCCAUUUCAUGAAUCGGUACAGGAUACACAAACCCACCAGCAGGUUGUUUCGAGAGGUGCUGCCUCAGUGUCAGAUGUGUCUGCCAUACAAGAGCCAUCAUCAGUGUCUUUGACCCAGAUUCAAGGCAACUAUGAAGGAGAGGAGAAGCGUGACCAAUCCAAAGAGGAACCACCCCUCACCAAAAUACAGGAAGCACCAGAGCCAAUGGUAAACCUGCAAUCUGUGAAGAAUGACUCGUACGAGAAAGGCACAGACUUAAUGGUGGUGAAUGUCUACAUGAAGGGCAUCUGUAGGAACACAUCCAGGGUCAUUUUCAGGGAGCAGGAUUUUACUCUCAUCUUCCAGACAAGUGACGCCAACUUUCUUCGGCUUCACCCGGACUGUGGCCCAAACACAGUCUUCAAGUGGCAGGUCAAACUCAGGAAUCUGAUACAACCUGACCAGUGCUCCUACUCCUUCACUGUAUCACGGGUCGACAUUAACCUGAAGAAGAGACACAGCCAACGCUGGGAGGGUCUAGAGGCCCCCGCCACACAAGGUGCAGUGGGUGGUGCCAAAGUGGCUGUGCCCUCGAGUCCCGCCUGCACUGAAAAGAGCCAACCAGGCAGCAGCCAGCACAGUUUGCCCACCAAGGAAGAGCCUCCCAGGGUCGGUGAGGAAAAACCAAAGGCUCCCAAAACGCCAUCCAGGGUGGAGGAUAGUGGUUUGGAAACUGUGGCUCCUCGUACAGUCUCUGACCAUGUAGCCAUCACCAAGUCAGAACCCACUGUUAUGACUCCCAAGCCAACCUGCAUGGUGCAACCCAUGACCCAUGCACUCCCUGCUAGUAAUGAGCACCAUGAGGAGGAGGAGGAAAAGAAGGUCUGCCAUCCUGGUUUCACAGGAUUGGUCAACCUCGGAAACACCUGCUUUAUGAAUAGUGUCAUACAAUCCCUGUCCAACACCAGAGAACUCAGGGAUUACUUUCAUGAUCGAGCAUUUGAAUCAGAAAUCAACUGCAAUAAUCCACUUGGCACAGGAGGCCGGCUAGCUAUUGGCUUUGCAGUGUUGCUCAGGGCCCUUUGGAAAGGAACGCACCAUGCGUUUCAGCCCUCAAAGCUAAAGGCAAUUGUAGCAAGUAAAGCCAAUCAGUUUACAGGGUAUGCCCAGCAUGAUGCCCAGGAAUUCAUGGCGUUUUUGCUUGAUGGCCUCCAUGAGGACUUGAACCGCAUUCAGAAUAAGCCAUACACUGAGACAGUGGACUCGGAUGGCCGCUUAGAUGAGGUGGUCGCAGAGGAAGCAUGGCAGAGGCACAAGAUGAGAAAUGACUCAUUCAUAGUGGACCUCUUCCAAGGCCAGUUCAAGUCCAAGCUUGUCUGUCCUACCUGCUCCAAGGUAUCCAUAACAUUUGACCCUUUCCUUUAUUUGCCUGUCCCGUUGCCACAAAAACAAAAGGUGCUCUCAGUUUUUUAUUUUGCCAAGGAACCGCAUAGAAAACCCAUUAAGUUUUUGGUGAGUGUAAGCAAGGAGAACUCCAGCACUGCAGAAGUCCUUGAGUCCAUCAGCAGGAGUGUUAGGGUCAAACCUGAAAACCUCAGACUUGCUGAGGUGGGGAAAAACUGCUUCCAACAAAUGUUUUUGCCUUCCCAUUCCCUGGACACUGUGUCUUCCUCGGACAUGUUGUUCUGCUUCGAGGUGCUUUCCAAAGAUCUAGCAAAGGAGAGAGUGGUAUUGCUCAGAGUUCAGCAGAGACUACAGGUUCCAAAUAUCCCCAUCUCAAAGUGUGCCUCCUGCCUGAAGCCUCCGAUCUCUGAGGAUGACAAGCUGAAGCGUUGUACUCGCUGUUAUAGUGUUGGCUACUGCAAUCAAGUGUGUCAAAAGAUCCAUUGGCCUAGCCACAAGGGCCAUUGUCGACCCAACACUGAAAAUGUGGGUUUGCCGUUCCUAGUUAGUGUACCCGAGUCCCGACUGUCGUACAGCCGCCUUACUCAGCUCCUACACGGUUACUCCAGAUUUUCAGUCAAUGUGUUCCAGCCACCUUUCCAGUCAGGGAGGACAUCCCCAGAAAUAUCUCCUUUACUUGCAAUGCAACCAGCAGCUUCUCUAGGCGGACCAAGCUCCGGAGAUGAAGCCAUGGGUGGAAGCAGUAUUGUAGAAAUAAAUGACUGUGGACCUGAAAAAAGCACUUUAAUGCUUAACUCCCCGAAACAACAGAACUGGACACCAGCCCUUGACUCUGGUGAUACUGUUUCCCUUACUCCCUACCAGACAUCUCUCUCCACCACACAGACUUCAGACUCUGGGUUCUCAGAGUCAAUCUCCUCUACUUCCUGCUGCUCUCUUGACACCCAUUUGGAAAAAGAAACAUCUUGUGAGAAGGCAGUACGACCAGAAGCUGCAGUAGCAGGCUACCAGCAACCUAAUGAACCAUCUUCAGGGCAUGCGAGUCAGUUCUACAUUGUUCUGCUGGAUUCUAACAACAAGGAGCAAAGACUGGAUGAGAAAGAAGACUUACUGGGCGAGCUCUCUGAUGAUGCGACCGUAGAACUUGUGUGGAAAAACAACGAGCGUCUAAAGGAGUAUGUUCUGGUGAGCUCCAAGGAACUGGAGUAUGAGGAGGAUCCUAGUUCUUUGAGUGAGACAGCCAGAGCAGGGCAUUUCACCCUGGAGCAGUGCCUCAACCUCUUCACCAAGCCAGAGGUGCUAGCACCAGAAGAGGCAUGGUACUGUCCAAAGUGCCAGCAGCACCGUGAGGCCUCCAAACAACUGCUGCUUUGGAGACUUCCUAACAUUUUGAUCAUCCAACUCAAGCGCUUCAGCUUUAGGAGUUUUAUCUGGAGAGACAAGAUUAAUGACAUGGUUGACUUUCCUGUCAGAAAUCUGGAUCUGAGUAAGUUCUGUAUUGGCCAGAAGGACGAGAUGCAGCAUCCGCCUAUCUAUGACUUGUAUGCAGUCAUCAACCACUAUGGGGGAAUGAUCGGUGGCCACUAUACCGCCUAUGCUCGCCUGCCAAGUGACAAAAACAGCCAACGCAGUGAUGUUGGCUGGCGUCUAUUUGAUGAUAGCACUGUAACAACAGUGGAAGAGAGCCAGGUGGUGACACGCUAUGCCUAUGUCCUUUUCUACCGACGCCGAAAUUCACCUGUGGAGAGGCCGCCACGCUUCCUCAUGCCAGUUGGGGCGGACUCUCCACCUGCAAUGGGAGCUACUGCCAGUCAGGCCUCUCAAAUAUGGCGGGAACUGGAAGAAGAGGAGGACGGUCUUGACGAAGGCCGCCGCGAAGAUUUCUUCUCUGGCCUACGACGCCGACAAACCCAGAGAGGAAGAGAUGAGGAAGAUGAGGACAGAGCAGAAAGGCAUCGUCAACGCAUGGCAAGGACGUCAGAUUGUCAUGACGACGAUCGUGUGCGAUACUUUGUUCUGGGAACCCUUGCGGCCGUCUUUGCACUUCUGGUCAAUUUGGUCUACCCUCUUCUUUCCAAAUCCAACUGGGUUUAA